CUUAGAGAGAGAGUAAGAAAAGUGCAAGAGAAUUCAGUUUUAAGAGCCAAGAACCUUAGAGAGAGAGGGAGAAAAGUGCAAGAGAAUUCAGUUUUGAGGGCAUGCACCUUAGAGAGAGUAAGAAAAGUGCAAGAGAAUUCAGUUUUGAGUGAGGGCGACAGAGAGAGAUUGAUUUUGAGUAUGGUCCAGAAGAAGUAGAAGGAAAGAAGAAAAAGAUGAUGCACGCUGUGGCAUUAGGUUUUGUGAUAACGUCGUUAGCAGCAGCAGGCGUUUGGUCACCCCCGCCGCCGCAACCGAAUACUGUGAAAGAGGGACACAGGGUGAUAGUGGUGGAGUAUGAGAGAGAACUGCCUCAACAUACCCAACAACACAAAAUCCCUGCGGACUACUCUGGCGAGGGAGUUGUAGACAGAGAAAAAUCGGCAUUGUUGGGAAAGGAGAAAGGGGUGGCAGAAAAAUUGAAAGAGAAAUAUCGUGAUGCCGCCUGCGUGCUUCCAAAUUUGGGGCAAGGGCUCUCGAGCUCGGCUGAAAGUAACGCUCCAAGGGCUUCUAAUGCCAAGGACAAGCUUUGUGAUGCCUACGGUGUUUGCAAAGAUAGAAUUUCAGACAUUUUUGGGGCAGCCAAGGAUAAGGUUGCUCAGAAAGUCUCUGAGAGUGGUGAGAGAGUUGCAGACAAGGUUUUUGAGACGAAAGAUGCAAUUGCAGAUAAGCUAUCCGACGCCGAAGAAAGCGCAAAGCAUGGGGCUGAGAAGUUAGUCCAUUCUGGCGAGGAACUCAUCGGAAAAGCGAAAACAGAGAUUGCCCAUUCCGGUGAGGAAGUCAAUGGAAAAGCGAAAAAUGCAGGCAAAAUGGCAAGUGAGUCGAUCAAGAAAACAGGUGAAAAUGUGUUUGACAACAUUACUAAAGGUGGAAACAAGAUAAAGGGAGGCAUGAGAACGGCUAAGAAGACCAUCGACACGAGUCAGAGAGAUGUUCGCCAUAAUUUGACGGAUAUUAUACACAGAGGUUGGGAGGUGAUACCAGAUGCAUGGCUUUAUGCCAUUUCUCCGGAGACGUUGGUAUCGUAUAUGGUGGUGAUUCACACGCUGUCCUUCGGUGUUGCAUAUGGUGUCUGUGUAUGGGUUACAUUUGUGUUGAGCCAUGUUUUGUCGCAGGCGCUGCCUAGGCAGCAGUUUGCAUUAGUGCAGAGCAAGAUCUAUCCAGUGUAUUUCAGGACUAUGAUGUAUUCUCUUGGGUUGUGUUUCCUCACUCAUUUCUUUAGGCAUCCAUGGCGAAAUUCAAGCAUUGCAGAGAAGUUGCAGUCCCAUAAUCUGCUUGCUUGUCUUGGACUUGUCUUGGUUAACAUGCUUUAUUUGGAGCCCCAAGCAACAAAGGUCAUGUUUGAAAGAUUGAAGAUGGAGAAAGAGGAAGGUAGGGGUCGUGACAUAGCCGACAUUGAUGAAAGGCAAAUGACGAACACCACCACCACCACCGCUACCACUAGUGGUGCUUCUGGUUUAAGCACCACGGGCACCACCAUUAGCGGGGGUGCACCACAUGUUGCAAUGACUUCCAAGCUGGAGAAGAUGAGCAAAAGGCUAAAGAGCCUCAAUGGAUACUCCUCCCUUCUCAAUCUGGUGGCUCUAAUGGGUUUGACAUGGCACGUUUGUUAUCUUUCGCAGUGCAUGAUGGAGGUUGGUUGUUGAGGUUGUAAAUAGUGUAGAUUUUCUCAGGGGUAGAGACUUGAAUGGGCAUGUGUGAUUUUGGUUUUCAGGUAUAAGAUAAAGGGGUUCAUCUGUUUUGGUUUUGAAUAUAGAGUGAUGCAUAUUUUCCA